GGCAUGGCAACGUUAGAAGCAACUAAUAAGACUUUACUAGGGCAAAAGAAAAGAGACAUGCAUACAAUGAAGGCGUAAAAUUGUAACUUCGUGAGUGUCAAAAUCUUAAUAAAGGGUGUCCCAAACAUCCUUAUGAAAUGCGCAGCGCAGAGACACGGCCGUUGAGCUUUCCAUAUUCCGGCCGGGGCCGGCGCUCGCCGACGGCGCUCCUCGAUCGGCUCCUCAAUUGGAAGCCAACGCAUGCACGUAGCCGUUGAGGUUUCCAUUUCUGGCCGGCGAGCAUAUAUAGCCGGAAGAUCACCCGUAUCCAUCUCGAAAUCUUUCUUGGAUCCACGGAGAUCUCCAGCAAUACCUCACGCCGAGAUCCUUCGUGAUCUCCGCUAGAUUCUCAUGUCCGCCGGAGCGGGUGGCGGCGGCGGUAUGGAAAUGGACCAUCAGCAUCCGGACAGCGCUGGCAGUGCGACUGCGGUGGCGAGGCGGUGCGCCGCGUGCAAGUAUCUCCGGCGGAGGUGCGCCCCCGACUGCGUCCUCGCGCCCUACUUCCCGGCGUCGCAGCCGCGGAGGUACGCCGACGUGCACGCCGUCUUCGGCACCAGCAACCUCACCAGAGUGCUCCAGAGCUUGCCGGUGCAGGAGCGAGGCCGGGCGGCGGACACGAUGGCGACGGAGGCGCACUGGCGGGUGCAGGACCCGGUGUACGGCUGCACGGGGAUCAUCCACGGCCUGCAGCAGGAGAUCCGCGACGUGCAGCAACAGCUCGCCACCACGCGGGCGCAGCUCGCCAUGCACUUGCACGGCAGUGGCACGGCGCCGCCGUCGUCGUCGCCUCAGCCGCCUCUCGCUGCUGCUGCAGCGGCUACGGUGACAGUGAACAGCGGCGGACGACAUCGCGUCAGCGUGCACGAGGACGACGAGGAGCAGCAGCAGGAGGAGGAGGAGGAGGAGGCGCCGUUGAUGGACCCCGACGAGUUCCUCGACCUCGAUGGCCGGCUCUGAGCGAGCUCUGCUGGCCGUAGCCUUUUUCAAACCAAAUCAACCUCGUCUUUCACCUUUUGGAUCACGUCGCAUUGGGUUUUAAUUUACACACGAUUCUGUUGUGUAUUUAUUUAUUAUAUUAUAUUUUGCCACGUAAGUAGAAAUGUAGAACAUUUCCAAAUAUAUACUUAUGUAUGUACGUAUCGUCGUAUCUUGUGUUCGACAAAGUAACGGCAGCGGUCUAGUUAUGAAGCUUUGUUUAU